AUGGAGGACCUGAGCGUGGUGGAACUCGCCUCCAACCUCUCUACCUACAAGGACCAGCUCCGCGAGGUUAGGAAGUUUAUCAAGGAGAAAAAAGAUGACCCUGGAAUUUCUGAAUAUCUUGAUAUGGAAAAAGAGCUUCAAGAGGAGCCAUGCCCAGCAAGGUAGCAUGAAAAGGCAGCUUGCAACAGAGGAUUUAUUUUUGGGGAAUUUAGAUUUUGUUGUAACCUUGAAAGGUGAGAAGGUUGAUUAUAACAAUGGUUUGUGUCAUGCUAGAGUACCUCCUCCUGAUUUUGGGUGUCGAUGCUGCUGUUCUAAGACGGAUCUCAAAAUAUGGGCAUAUUUAAUAAUACUUGGAGGCUGCUUAUGUUUAUGAUGCUGAAUGUAGUUUUCUGUCACCACUACAGGUUAUUAUGUUAACUGAAGAGCUUUUGGCAACUGCAAAGCAAAGUGAGAGUGCCCAGAAUGAUGCAGGUCUAUCACCACCAAAUUAUUCAUCUGGAGUGCAAUCAGAGGGACUGGACGAUCUUUCGCAUUCCCAUAAGUUUGAGGUUGGGACUAGAGUGCAAGCUGUGUGGAGUGAAGAUGGGGAGUGGUACAAUGCAACAGUUGAAGCUUUGACACCAAAUGGAUAUUAUGUAGCCUAUGACGGCUGGGGAAAUAAGGAAGAAGUGGACCCAGCUAAUGUCAGGCCGCUUGAGGAGGAAGCGGAUGAUGCUUUGCUACAGGCUGAAAAGAAAGCUGAAGCUACAAAAAUGGCAAUAAAAAGGAAAAUUGAACAAGCCGCAACAUCUGAUUUUCAGAUGCGUAGCUUGCCUACCAAACUUAAAAUCGAUCCAAGUGAUCCUGAGGAUGUCAAAGCUGUGAAACGUAAGAAAAUACAUGCUUUCAAAUCAAAAGCCCGCUUUGAGCAACUUGAACUUGCACAAAACAAGCGGCAGAAUGCAUGGCAGCAGUUUCAAACAACCAACGGGAAAGCUAAAAAGGUUGGAUUCUUUUCUGGUCACAAAAAGGAGAGCAUCUUCAAGUCACCAGAUGAUCACCGAGGUAAGGUUGGUGUCACUGGGAGCGGCAAAGGCCUGACCGAUUUCCAGAGGAGGGAGAAGCACCUGCACCUCAAGGGUGGAUCUGCGGACACACUAAAUGAUGAGGAAUAAAUCAGUGUUAGCUUGUGAGCGUAUCACGAAAUACUUCCAUGUCUGGUGCUUAUUGCCGGACGAGCGUCCAAUUGGAGCAUGUAGUCUGUAUCUUAACUUGUCGAAGCUGGAAAUUAUACAGAUAUAUCAAGGUUUUAUUCCUCA